AAGAGGGUAGAGUUCAUUUUGACCUCACGAUGGAGAUAUUUUUCUUGUUUUUUUCCUAUCAUUUUUCCUUAUAACUCUCUUUUACUUCCUUCCCUUUUCGAACUUUUUCCGGGAACCCUCCGACGCCGAUCAACCCGACGCCGGCGAGUUCCCCUUUCUCCGACGUCCCUCGGUUUCCGUGCCCCCCCCCCCCCCCCCCCCCCACCACCACUAUGCUCCUUAUCCUAUCUUAUGUACAUGCCUUAAAUAUAUCAUGCAUUUUGUAACCAUAAUUACAACAGGGGGCGGAGCCAGGGUACCGUAAGGGUGUUCAUUUGAAUCGUUUUAUCGAAAAAAUUACACCGUAUAUAUAUAUAUUUCAUGCAUGCAUGCGUGUGUAUAAUAUAUGUUGAAUCACCUUGAUUUAUUUUUGUAACAAAAGAUCCUGGCUCCGCCACAGUAAUAGAGACAAUGCGUUGGUGGCAGAGCACAUUUUCAUCUUCCUCCGGUUCGUCCUCCUCUUCUUCAUCGUCCUCGUCAUCUUGCUCCAAAGUACACUCUGACGAUAGUCUUAUUGCCUCCAGUGGAGGCAUUCGUUAUUCAAUCAAAUCGGCUUUUUUCUUCUCUCGUAGGUGUCAUCAUGCUCGCGCUAAAAAGCUUCAAAAUCUGACGGAAAAUGACGCUGAUGACUGGCGUUCUAACUGUUCCAAUGAUAAUUUGCAAUCUAAAUGUUCCUCCUCCUCCUCUGAUCGUCCGCCUCCGCAACCUUUGCCUUUGCCGGAACUGCGUCUUCUGCUCCGCCAUGAAUCCAAUGCGGGUUCGAAUGAACCUAAUGUGCCAUUGCCGUCGCCCUCAGACGCGCAUUCCCAUCAUAAAACUGGAGAGGGUUCUUCCGAUGUUGAUACCCGUAAGGAUGGUGUAGCGUCUCAUGGGAGCAGAUUAUCAGGCCAAGAUGCUCAAAAGAAGAAAAAAGAGCACUUGGGAAGUCGGUUGUCUAGGAAGACACCUCAGAAGCUGCAUGUUGGUGACAGAGUCUCUGAAAUCAGGAUCAGUGCACCUAUUAGUGCUCCUGCAACUCCUUAUGCAAGCCCUGGACUCAGCCCACUAAAAGAUAGAGAUCAUUUAAGUUCUAAUUACAUGGCAUUCCCUGGUGCUUUUCAAGUUUAUUCUGCACCCGAGAUGCCUCCAUCCGACACCCCUCAGUAUCCAGGUUUCUAUUACCGUGUACUCCCGGAGAAAAAUGCUUUUAGUGUUGAGAAUUCUCCUCAUCAAAGUCCAAGAGUAAGCCCACAGAGGAGUAGAAAGGUUGCAAGCGGACCUUCAUCACCUUUGCAUCCCUUAUUACCAAAUGAGAACUCAGCAGCACGCCGUGAGAAUAGUUCUCAGGGCAAUGUCUAUCCGCUACCACUUCCUCCUUUAGGUGCCACUUCUUCACAACCUACUUCGAUUCCAUCGGUGUCCUCUAAUGCAGAGCUGACACCAAUCAAAGGCCAAUGGCAAAAGGGGAAGCUUAUUGGGCGUGGGACAUUUGGAAGUGUAUAUGUUGCAUCAAACAGAGAAACUGGAGCUUUAUGUGCGAUGAAAGAAGUUGAAUUAUUACCGGAUGACCCAAAAUCUGCUGAGAGCAUAAGGCAAUUACAGCAGGAAAUCAAUGUUCUCAGUCAUCUCAAGCACCCAAAUAUUGUCCAAUAUUACGGCAGCGAAAUAGUUGGUGACCGAUUUUACAUUUAUCUGGAAUAUGUUCACCCUGGUUCUCUCAAUAAAUUCAUCCAUGACCAUUGUGAAACAAUUACAGAAUCCAUUGUACGGAAUUUCACUCGCCAUAUUCUUUGUGGAUUGGCUUACUUGCAUAGCAAAAAAACCAUUCACAGGGACAUAAAAGGGGCUAAUUUGCUUGUUGAUGCUUAUGGGGUCGUAAAGCUUGCAGAUUUUGGGAUGGCUAAGCAUCUCAAUGGGCAAGCAGCUAAUCUCUCCUUAAAGGGAAGUCCUUACUGGAUGGCUCCUGAGCUCUUGCAGUCAGUUAUGAAGACGGAUACUACCACUGAUAUCGCGUUUGCUACUGACAUAUGGAGUUUGGGUUGUACUGUAAUUGAAAUGCUGAAUGGCAAACCACCUUGGAGUGAAUAUGAAGCAGCUGCAGCCAUGUUCAAGGUUCUAAAAGAUACACCUCCAAUACCGGAAACAUUAUCACCUGAAGGGAAAGAUUUCUUGCGCUGUUGUUUCCGUAGGAACCCAGCAGAGAGGCCCUCGGCCAGCAUGUUAUUAGAACAUCGCUUUAUGAAAACCUCUCAUCAGCCAGAUGUACCUUCUUCCCUCAAACCAGUUGAUGGGCUACGAGUCAAAGAAAAGUUGAAUUCUCAAAAAAGGCAGACAACAUACCAUCUUGACCCAGGGCGUUUAUCACUAGAGAGGUAGCUCUCAAAAGAACUUUCAGUGAAGUGAAACUUAGAUGAUUCCAAAUGAUGGACCGCUUACGCGAACACAUUCAUGAGAUGGGCAUUUCUUCAUGCAUGGACAUCUAAUCUUCUGUACAAUUAGGACAGGCCAGCUGUGGAUCAUUGAAACUCCAACUUAAUAUUGGAGCCCCAUCAUUUCACUCGUUCAACUCCUAUGGCCAUGUCCACAGUUAAUCCCCAUGCACCCUGUUCGGCGUAUUGUUGUGAGCACUAUUGCAAAUGUAAAGUCAUUGCAUAUACCGGGUGCAACUACAAAACCGUCAACUGAUUUGGGAUGUAAGUAGCAGACAAUUUUUGGUUUCUCUUCCAACAAGAGCUGAACUUGUGAAUACAAUGGAGACCUCUACUAUAUAUAUACGCUGUGUAGAUAGCUUGAAGGUGAAAACUGAGUUGGAGCCUGCAGGCACUUUUGCUUGUUGUCAAUACUAACACCUCGAGAGGAUCAUAGGUUUUAUCAACUAGGGAAGUUUUUUUCCUGCAGACUUUGGAGUUUAGAAGUAGGUUUUCUGUAAUUUUCCAAAGCAGGAGAUUCAACAACAAUCAAAAGAAAAUGAUAUUCUUUGACAAUUACAAAAUUCAUUAUUGAA